CACAACCUAAGGUUUAAGAAGUUGCGCCUUCUUCAGAUCUUAGAUGGUAUUAACAUUUUCAUUCUCACCUGCAUCGGUUGUGGAACCUGACUGCUUACGAAAUGUAGUUAAGUUGGCAAGAGAAAACAAUUUACUUCUUUCGGAAGAAACUUGCUGGUGCUUGCUGGACUCAUGUCUGUCGAAAAUUCCGUUGAAGAAAACUUACCAACUUCUAGAUGAAUUAUACAGUACUGAAGAGCUAAGGUUUCCAGAAGGUAGCGAGUUUGCAGUUGAGUCCAUACGUGCCAGAUCUGUUAACAAAGGUGUUGUUUUCUAUUAUGUAAAAUGGGUUGGGUGGCCACCUGUGUUCAAUACAUGGGAACCAGAAUCUAAUCUUCAUGGAUGUGAGGAUUUAAUACAAAAAUUUAUUGAAUCUUAUGGUUCGACGAUUGGAAUGCUUCCGCCUGAUAAUCAACCUGAUAGAAAAUCACAGGUUCAGGAAGUAAUGGAUCGAUUGAAGGAAGCUGUCAAUACAUCUGGGUCGCUACCAUUAUAUCUACUUGAACGAUUUUCUAGUCUCCAACCUGAUCCUACUAAUAGCCUUCGACCAUACAAACACUUACCCACCAUAAACAUCGAAAAGCUUUUUUCAUCACAAAUAUCACAAGGCAUUAUAGAAUCUAUUUCACUCAAGCGACCUCCCAGUGUCGCUGAUCUCUUGCCAGUUUCUACCAAACGUAUUCGUCUUAGUCGGAAAGAUAAACAAGUGUUAGAUUCUGCUCUAAGUGCUUUUCAACAAAAACUCAACACUGUAUACUCAAAUGAAGCACCAAUCACUGUCGAAAAUUCUGUAGAUUCUGAAUGCCCACCAGUUGAAUUCCAGCCGAUUCCAGAUUAUUUACCUGGACAAGAUGUAUUCUUACCAACCAAAGCUCCUAUUGGAUGUGAAUGUACGAUGGACAAUUUGGAUCAGUCAGAGCUAGCCAAAAUCCGUAAAGCAGAUGGAAGCAGUUCACCAGUUAUAUAUCCUUGUUGGAUCAAUAAACGACGUAGUUGUUGUGCUGUUCGUGCUGGUGCAGUUCCACCCUAUGACAAACGGAAAAGGCUCGUUGCCCCUCCUGGUCAUCCUGUUUAUGAAUGUAACUCCUUAUGUCCAUGCGAUUCGUCUUGUCCAUUUCGUGUUGUUCAACUUGGACGGAAAGUUCCUUUGUGUGUCUUCCGUACACGUGACCGAGGAUGGGGCGUUAAAACAGUGGUCCCCAUUAGUAAAGGGACAUUUGUCGUUGAAUACUUAGGAGAGAUUCUUAAUUUUGAUGAAGCAGAAAAACGAGGAAUAAUAUACGAUAAACAGACUAUGACAUAUCUUUUCGAUUUGGAUUUCGAAGGUGAUGCUUAUUACACUGUAGAUGCUUCUCAGAUGGGAAAUAUAUCACAUUUUAUUAAUCAUUCGUGUGAUCCCAAUCUCACAGUUCGUUGUGUUUUUAUUGAGUGUCUCAAUACGAAGUUACCCCGUAUUGCGCUUUACGCGUCUAGAUUUAUAAGGAAAGGUGAAGAACUUACAUUCGACUACAAUAUGACUGGUGCUGUGGCUGCGGACACUAGUGUAGUUAUAGAUGGUGCCGGAGAGGCGGAAACUCCUUCAGAAACCCAGUCAGGGUCAUCGAAUAAUGGUGGGAAGAGUCCGACCCCAUCUUCUUCCUCAGUUGACGUAACUCCUGACACAAGCAGUGAGGUGUCUUUCGAUAGCAAAUCUCUGGGAUCUAAAGGUCCUCGUAUGAAAUGCUUAUGUCGAAGUAAAAACUGUCGUGGAUAUUUAGUCAACUAGAAAUUUUUACUGACUGUUUAUGGUGUACGGUAAAGCUGAAAUACAGUCUGCUUAUAAUCAUAUACAAUGUCAGUUUUAUCCACUCAGGCUUCAUGUAUUUUUAAUGAACCAUUAGGAAUAUUUGUAUUCAGGAUUAUAUUUGAUUCUUAUUUUAUAUCUAUUGUAAAUUAUACUGCUCUAUAUAGCAAAUAUAUAUAAGUAUAUGUAAAGAUAAUUGGUAUAGUUUGCAGAUUAAAUGUAUACUUUGUGUCUUUGUUCAUCAGCAUUUUACAGUUUUUUAUAGUGACAAUAGAUUUAAGGCACUGAAAAUGUACGUCUAUUCUUUUAAAUGCUUCUAUACAUUUCAGUUGUUUUCAUUUACUUUUAUCCUGAGAAGGUAACAUUUUGUUGUUAAUAUAUUUACGAUAUAUCUGUAUUCAAUGUUAAUUUUUCAUAUUACCUGAGAUGAUUUAACAAAAG